UCUCUCUCUCUUGAAUCUACUUUCUCUCUCUCUGAAAAAGUAGAUUUUGAAAAAAGGGGAGUAUAGGACGGGAGGAAAGACAAUGGGAGAUACAUGAAAUCCACCACUCGGAAGCAACUAAAAAAGUUAGAAGUUAAGUCAAACGAGUUUGAAGUGAAGAGCAGAGAGAUAAAACAAAAAAAACACAAUCGCCGCCAUUGUUAGGUUUUUUUUUUAAAGAAAUCGAAUAACAAAGCGUUGAACUUUGUAUUGAAGAUUAGAUUUGUAUUGAACAUAGACAUCAGAGAAAGAGACUCAACAUUCUUGAUAGCGACUCCUCGAAUUUGAAUCCGAAAGAGACACAUAAAGAUCUCAUUUUUUUGUUUCCUUACACCUACAGCUUCUUUUGUUGGGGUAUGUGAAACGGGGAGGAGAAGAUGAGACCAGCUGAUUUACCUCUUGACUAUGCUGUCUUCCAACUCUCCCCAAAGCGCUCUAGAUGUGAAUUGUUUGUCUCUACUGCUGGGAAUACUGAGAAGCUUGCUUCUGGACUGGUCAAACCUUUUGUUGCUCAUUUGAAAGUCGCUGAAGAGCAGUUCGCCAGGGAAGCUCAGUCUAUAAGGCUACAAGUUGAAAGGACCGAAAAUGCAGGAGCUUGGUUUACCAAAGGGACACUUGAGAGGUUUGUACGCUUUGUUAGUACCCCAGAGGUUCUUGAAUUGGUUAGCGCUUUGGAUGGGGAAAUGUCUCAGUUAGAGGCUGCCCGGAAAAUAUAUGGCGAGGGGACUGGUGAUCAGCGAUCUGGUGCAAAAGAUGGCUCAGAAACUACGCCAGCAGCUGACGUGACAAAGAAAGAGCUACUUAGAGCUAUUGAUUUACGUCUUGCAGCAGUUAGACAGGACUUGACAACUGCUUGUAAUCGUGCAUCAGCUGCUGGCUUCAACCCAGUCACUGUCCCCGAACUUAGUCAAUUUGCUGAUCGAUUUGGGGCCAAUCGCUUGAAUGAAGCAUGCUCCAAGUUUAUUGCACUUUGCCAGAGAAGGCCAGAGCUUAUGAGCUCUUGGAGGUUCAAUCAGGAAGAAGAAGCUAUACGUUCGUCAUGGGAAUCUGAUAUGUCAAUUGAUGAUCCCAGUGAAGACCCAACCAACAACCUAGCAGCUAAUAGAACCCAACAACAUAGAGAAAAUCGAACUGGUAUGGAAGAGAAAAGUCCAACAGGAACCAGUUACUCCCAACAAGAAGCAAAGGUGAUGCCACAAAGUAGUCAUGAUGAAAAGGAUGAAGAAAAGGAAAAAAGCCCUGCGCAAAAUGAGCCAUUAGCAAGUCAGACUAAGCAACUCACGAGACGGCUUAGCGUGCAGGAGAGGAUCAACAUGUUUGAGAACAGGCAGAAAGAAAACUCCGGAGGGAAAACAGCUGUGGUGAAAUCCACUGAGCUGAAAAGGCUACCAUCUUCUGAUUUAUCAUCUUCUGUACGAAGAUGGAGUGGUGCUAGUGACAUGAGCAUUGAUUUGGGAAAUGACAGGAAGGAUGGUACUGGUGAUAGUCCAUUGUGCACUCCCCCGGUAUCAUCAUUAUCUUCGAAACAUUCUGUCGGCUACAAUAAAAAAGAGCAGACCGGACUGAGUCAAGUUGAGUAUCCUCACAGUAAUGAAAACGAAUGUAGUUCCAACAAUCUUGGUGACUGGGGAACGGACAAAGCAGAAUCCAAGAAUUCAAGUUCUACUUUUUUACGGAAAGACAAGGAGGUAGACUUGAAGGUGCCAUUGAGCACAGAUAGUCAAGUGGGACAUCAAGGAAAUUCACAGGAUGGUUCCAAGUUUCAAUACUAUGAAAAAAAUCCUAAAGAGACUUUGGAUUACUCAGGGAGUGCAAAUAUAGAUGAAGAGUCCAAUAAGAAAAAGGGCGAUUUUGAAUCAAAUAUGCAGGACCAAAUACAACAUAGAGUUCCUCAGAGUCAUUCAUUGUCUACACUACAGCAGUUUGGUGGUACUGAAUCCAAUUUCACUAGUGCUCGGAGCAAUGGAGGAACGGCGGAGUCUCCUACGAAAGAACCUUCGUCUAGGCAGCCACCACCAGUUGAGGAACGCCAUAGAAAGGCACAAGUCUUUGGAGGUUCUGAACAGAUGAAAAGGCCACAGGGUAGAAGGCCUGGAAUUGAUUCUGUCAUUAAUAGUGUGUCAGAUAUUUCCGAGAGUGCUACUUUGAGCCAAAUGGCACCAACAGAGCAAAAUCAAAGGGCUAGAGCGUCUAAGGGAAGUCAAGAGCUGAAUGAUGAAUUGAAAGUGAAAGCAGACGAGCUUGAGAAGCUAUUUGCUGAACACAUGCUCCGUGUGCCAGGGGAUCAAUCCAGUUCUGCCCGUAGAGGUAAACCCGUAAAGCCGAGUGAACAGGCUGCGACUUCACAGCCUAGAAGACCUGUAGCAGAGGAUCUAUCUUCUGCAAAUCAGAAGACUCCAACAACGCCAGCUUUAAGCUCAAAUGAUGAAGACAAGUUCAAAACUCCGCCAACAAUGAAGGUGGUUGCUAACAGUGACUAUGGAGAUUCCACAAGGCAAAAGGUUCCAGAAAUCAGCUUUUCAGAUAGCUCUAGAGGGAAGUCCUAUGAGAUAUAUAUGCAGAAGAGAGACGCUAAGCUGAAGGAAGACUGGAGUUCAAGAAGGAGCGAGAAGGAAGCCAAGUUGAAGUUGAUGCAAGAUAUGUUUGAACGCAGUAACGCUGAGAUGAAAACCAAAUUUUCUCAGUCCACGGCAAGAUGUGACUCAGAUGCCCGACGUGCAGAGAAGCUUGUAUAUUUCAAUUCUGGGUCGAGUGCUAAACAGGGUCAGCAUCCAAUUAGCUCAUUCCAAAGUGAAGAAGAUGAAGAUGUUUCUAAGAGCAGCCAGAGUAAGAAGCUGCAACAAAACAAAAACAGUUCCUCGACUGCUCGGACCAGUGGUACAUCAGCUUCACGCUCUGCUGCAAAAGUUUCUACACCUAGUGCUGUUAGGCGGAGAGGACAAGACAAAGUUCUUGCACAGUCAGUCCCUAAUUUUGCCGAGUUCAAGAAGCAGGAAGGCAUGAAACCAGCCUCAGGAGCUGGGAAAAAUGGUGUCCGCUCACAGGUGAGAAGCUCUCUCCGACCAAAGGCUGUAACAGAAGAAGAGAAGCCGCGAAGGCCGACAAGUACCAGAAAAGGUGCUGCAGAGUUGGCAGAUGUUUCUCAGUUGAAGUCAGAGGAUGGUGUUUCUGAACCUUUGAAUCAUAGUGGGAGAAACUUUAAUAAUCUUGGUAUUGGUAUCAGCUCUGAUGAUGCGCAGCUAAAGGUUUCAGAAGGAUCCGAUGCAUCAGGCGAAAUGGAGAAGGAGGAGAUGGAAGAAGUGCUUGAUGACGCAGAAGAAGUUUUUACGGAUGCAGAAAACGAGAAAUCAAGACAUAGUCAAGACUUUGAAGAUUGGAGUAGUACCGGGGUUGCAAAUGGAGAAUCUAUUUCUCAGCUUGACCCUGGUUCAAAUGCUGAGUUACCUACUGCUAUAGCUUCUAGGCAUCAUCAAACCAUCGGUUCAUUUCUAGAUUCUCGAGUGAAGCAGCAAUAUCCAAACGAGGCUACUGAACUUGAUGCUUCAGUGGAGUCUCCUGCUUUCUGGAACUUGUCUUCCAUUAACCAUACAGAGAAUGAUACUACUCAAAUGAGGAAGAAAUGGGGAGCUGCUCAGAAACGCGUUGGUGCUAGUAACCCAUCUCAAAGCCAACAGGAUGUGACUAAAGGGUUGAAAAGGCUAUUGAAUUUUGGAAGGAAGAACCGUGCGGCUGAGAAUUUAGCUGACUGGAUCUCUGCAACAACCUCUGAAGGGGACGAUGAUACUGAAGAUGGACGAGAUCUUGCAAAUCGAUCAUCAGAAGAUUUGAGGAAGUCGAGAAUGGGAUUUUUACAGACACAGGCCUCUGAUGAAAGCUUCAACGAGAGUGAGCUAUACAAUGAACAAGCCCAAAACACUAGUGCACCAUUGAGCUUUAAACUGAAGGAUGAUCAGGCGUCAGGAACUUCUGUAAAAGCACCAAGGUCAUUCUUUUCACUCUCCAAUUUUCGUAGCAAAGGGAAAUGAUUUGAAAGCAAAGGUUCAUAUGAUCCAAGCGAAUGAAAGAUAAAAGGCUUCUCAUCGCAGACAGUGGCACGACACACGAGUGUAGAAGAGUGAAAUGAUCUGAGGUAUUACGUGCUGUGAAUGUAUCAUUGAGAAUAGUUGUUUCUCUUGUAUUCAUAAUCAUCCCUUGCUCUGAUGUGGUUGAGCCUACAUUUGUAAAUUGUAUCAAACCGGAAACAUGUCCUUGUCGGUUUGGUAUCGAUGUGAUUUUUGGUAGUACAAACAAAAGGAUGUCAAUGUUAUAUACUGUUGAAAGAUAAUUUCAUUCCAUGCAAUUUAAAAG